AUGAGUUCCGAAGCGAGAAAAAGCAGAGAAUACCUGCGGACAGUGCCCGGCGUUCCUGGAGUGGACGGAUUCGAUGGAGAUGAUGACAGCACUUUGAGACUACAUUAUUCGGAUGCAUGCGCAAUAUGCCCUGCUGGACCUCGCGGACCACCAGGUCCACCAGGACCACCAGGAGACAUAGGUCCAAAAGGUCUUCCCGGUACACCUGGUUUAGAUGGUGCCCCAGGUAUACAAGGUCCAAAAGGACCCGAAGGUGACAGAGGUUUCCCAGGACAACGUGGACCACCUGGUCCACCGGGAUUACCUGGACAAAGAGGCGAAACAUACACUCAAGUACCUGGACCGCCUGGUCCACCUGGUCCAAUAGGAGAACCAGGCGAGAUGGGCGAAACUGGCUUGCCCGGAACGCCAGGGCUACCAGGAUUUCCAGGACCGCAGGGACUACGGGGAGUAAUCGGAAGCCGAGGAGUGGAUGGUAAUCCUGGUCCGGUAAGUUGA